AUGCUCCAGUUCUCUCUGUGCAAGCUGCGUACCCACCAGUGGUGUUUCCUCCUCUUCAACGUGCUCCUCUUCCAUGCCUUGUUGUUUGGCGCAGACCUCGUCGAGGAGUACCUCCUGCAGCCCACACCGGGGGUCUACACUGACGGCAUGGUGGUUGAUGUAAGAGAGAAAGCAAGGAAACUAGACCUGAGCAACGUCAAAGAGAACAUAUCGCGGGCCUACCCUAUUGCUAACCCUGAUGCCUGUAGGAACUCCGAUCUCUUCCUCCUCGCCCUAGUCUUCAGUUCGACAACUAACAGCACACAAAGAGAUGCAGUCAGAAGGACAUGGGCCAAUCAAACAGUCGUCCAAGGCCUACCGGCACGGAUUCUCUUCUUCUUAGGAUCAACUCGGACGGUCGCUGCACAAGACUCCCUUCUGACAGAAUCUGAACGCUAUGGAGACAUGGUGCAAGGUCAGGCUGUUUCCGACUCGUCCCGCCGUGGCCCAACAGAAAAAACGGUUCUUGCUCUCCGUUGGGUGAUUGCUUUCUGUCCCAUGGCGCGCUUUGUUCUGCUUACAAAAGACUCGGUCUUCGUCAAUCUCCCUGCAAUUGGAGGUUACCUUCUCGGGUUGCACAGGCACCCUGAAGAUCUCUACCUUGGUAGGGUGCUCCAGAGAGACUCUCCUGACAGGGACCCCAACAGUCCUGGCUAUCUCCCCCCAGCUUUUUACCCUGACAAAUACCUGCCCGAAUACUGUGACGACACAGCUUAUGUUCUAUCCCAAGAUGUGGUUAGAAAAGUGUACGUAGCAUCCACAGCAGUCCGUGCGCCUGUACCAACUGAUGUUUUUGUGGGUCUUUGUGCCAGGAAAGCUGGAGUGGCACCAACCCACAGUGCCAGGUUCUCUGGAGGGAAACAUAUCCGCUACAACGCAUGCUGCUACCGCUACCUGUUCAGCUCAGCAGGGAUGGGAAGCCAAGAACUAGAUAGAGUUUGGGCAGACCUGAGACAGGAGGGUGGGCGAUGCUCACUUUUAAAGACCUACUAUGGUCUCGUGACCUGCAAGGCCCUAACAUACCUGGACAAACUGUCCCUUUUCAACUCCUAA